AUGAUGGACAUCGACAUGCCAGACGCGCCUCCGAUGUAUCCACCAUUGAAACGUCGACGAGAGUCCGACUCCGAAUCUACUCGAGCCUCGUCGUCUCAGCCACACUCUCAGCCUAGCAUCCCAUACUCUAUAUCACCCAACGGCGACGCCCUAUCAUCUUCCAAACGUCGACAACUUGAAUCACAAGUUUUGCAGCGCAGGAUUUCGCUCUCCCAGCUGCAGCCUCACGUCGGACUCGUACGACCAACAUACAAACCAUACUGGCACGACGACGGAGACCUUAUCAUUGUUGUCGACAACCAUAUCUUCAAGCUUCCCAGGAUGUGGCUGUUGUCGUCGGAGAUAUUCGAGGAUAUGUUCUUAAUGGCGUUACCUCCAAAUCCGAAUUCGAGUACCACUAGUAUGGAGCCCACUUAUGCCGGCGUUGACGCGCAGGAGAUGUUCGAAGGCUGUCCUGUCGUUCAUCUGUCGGACAAGGCACAGGAUUGGAUGGCCGUUCUACAGUAUUUGGAUAACCCUCGUAACUAUCAAUUGGACUCGGCGGCGGAUGCGGAUGAUUCCAGUCAGUUCUGGGCGCGGUACAAUAUUCCGUAUGAGACCAUUGCGAGCGUGCUGAGGAUUUCGUCGAAGUAUGAGAUGGCGGAAUUGAGGAAGACGGCCGUGAAGCAUGUGUUUCGUCUGUGGCCGCCUUCGAUACGAAAGAUGGACGAACGCGCAUUUUCGCAUGAGAGGAUAGCACGCGAAUGCGACCUUCCCGAGAUCCUUCCCUCAAUAUUCUACUCCCUCUGUAUAGAGAUGCAUCACAGCACCCUCUCUCCCACCCUCCGAUCUCACCUCUCCCGGGUCGACCAACUCCGCAUCCUCCAAGCCACUCCGCGUCUCUCCGCAUUUCACAAACAAACGCUCGACAAAGCCUCUUUCGGCGCUGCGUGCGAACAUCAAUCAUGCGCUAUGAACCUCGAUAAUUAUUGGGCCCAGGCCAUGCAGGUGGUCGACAAGAACGCAUGUACAAAUCCCUUGGGAGGUAUACCAGGAUCUUUCGCGGGUGGGACAACGGCGGAGUGGGAUACUGCGGAUGUGGGUGGGUGGAUGAUGAGGGCGUUGUUGAUUAUGCUGGAGAAUAGGGUGGAGAAGGUGUGUCGGGAUUGUAUGGACUUGCAUUGGGAGUAUGUGGACGAGAGGAUGCAGGUGUUGGAGAUGAUCCUGCCGAGGUUUUUAGGACUUUGAGGCGAGUUGGGGUGAUGGACUCACGUUUCGUUUUUAUAGGUACGUAUGCAUAUGACCGUUCUUAUCUUGCUUUGCUCUGCUCGUCACAACGUUCUUAGUCGGGAUACACUACAUUACAUCAAUACUUGCUCCCUCGCUAUAUACGUCUCGUUAGUCAGGCCAUUUACAAC